CGGUCUGCUCUAUGGUCACGUUGACAGGGCAGUAGUGAUGGUUGCGGAAGCGAAAGUGCCGGUAGACUGCCCGGAGUAGGGCGGGGCCAGCAUGUUGGCUCCUGGCUGCCAGGUCAGGAUGCUGAAGGUGGCCAGCGGACUGUUUGUGGCGCUGCUCCUGGCGCUCAUGUUGGGCAAGUACAGCAGCACAGGACGCAGGGCUCAGCUACGGGCCAGACAUGUCACAGAAGACGGUCCGGUGCCCGGGAAGGAGCUCUUCAACAUCUUCUGGGCUGUGCAGGUGACCGAUAUUCAUGUCAGUAAAUUUUUGGAUCCUAUCCGGGUAUCAGAAUUUGAAUCCUUUUGCACGGAGAGCCUUUCUGUCAUUGGGCCAGCGCUUGUUCUGGUGACCGGCGAUCUCACAGAUGGCAAAACCAAGGACAAGCUGGGCUCAGACCAGUUUGAGGACGAGUGGCAGAUUUACAAGUCUGCGCUGAAAAAGUCACGGAUAUUGGAAAAAACAACCUGGAUAGAUAUUCGCGGAAACCACGAUUCAUUUAACAUUGCAGACCUGAGCAGCAGCAAUAACUACUACAGGAAAUAUUCUGGAUGGCAAAAAGAAGGCUCCUUCCACUUUGUUCAUCACACCCCAUUUGGAAAUUAUUCUUUAUUUGUGUGA